UUGCUGUUCUGCCUGCUCAGAAACGUUCUUCCUCGGAAGGGGCAGAGCCUGCACCACGAGAAAGAACUUUGUUUUCUUUUGACUCUUUGCAACUGCACAAAACUUCAUGAAUGCAGAGCACUGUGGAAUUUUUUGCAGGAGGACAAAUUAACGGGAGCAAAGACCCGUUUCACAGGUUUCUCAGGAGGGAGGCUAACAUGUGACAGCGCACAGAGAAGCCAAGAGUACUGGAGAAGAUCAGAAGCCUGCAUGAGUGAGCUCAGCUUUCCCAAAUAUUUUCUUAAAGCGCUAUUCAAGGGACCACUGACCUCUGCAACAGACAGCACCAUGGUGGAGCAAGAGAUGCUGCUGUCGUGUGCUUAUCCUCAAGAAAAGUGUUAUUCAGCAAUAGUUAUGAACUCCCGUUUACGAGCCUUAGGUGGGAGGAUAAAUAACAUACGAGCGUCAGAGCUACCAAAAGAGAAAACCCGAUCAGAAAUAAUCUGUAACGUCCACUUUUUGGAUGGCUCAGUACAAAGCUUCAAAGUCAACAAACAAGACACUGGACAGAUUUUGUUGGACAUGACCUAUAACCAGCUGGGUGUGACAGAGAAGGAAUAUUUUGGUUUACAGCAAAAUGAGACUUCAGUAGAUUCGCCUUUUUUCAUUUCACAGCGAUGGCUUGAACCAAGCAAACCUAUUAGAAAACAGUUAAAAGGAGGUUUUCCCUGCACGCUUCAUUUUCGUGUAAGGUUUUUUAUACCUGAUCCUAACACACUUCAGCAAGAACAAACCAGGCACUUAUUCUUUCUGCAGUUGAAGAUUGAUAUUGCAGAAGGAAGGUUGUCAUGCCCCAUUAAUUCUGCUGUUGUCCUGGCAUCAUAUGCAGUACAAUCACAACUUGGAGACUAUAAUGCUUCAGUGCAUUGUUCAGGAUAUCUUUCAAAUUACAACUUUAUACCGGAGCAGAACAAAGAUUUUCUUACCAAAGUAGAAACGCUACAUGAGCAACACAGUGGCCUCAAGCAAUCUGAAGCAGAGUCCUGCUAUAUAAAUAUAGCAAGAACACUUGAAUUCUAUGGAGUGGAAUUGCACAGUGGUAGAGAUCUCCAUAAUCUAGAUCUUAUGAUUGGGAUUGCAUCCAGUGGAAUUGCUGUAUAUAGAAAACUCAUCUGUACAAGCUUCUAUCCCUGGGUGAACAUUUUAAAAAUAUCCUUUAAAAGGAAAAAGUUUUUUAUACAACAACGGCAAAAACAUAAUGAAUCCAGAGAGCAUAUUGUUGCCUUCAACAUGUUAAAUUACAGAGCAUGCAAAAAUCUUUGGAAAUCUUGUGUAGAGCAUCACACAUUUUUUCAGGCAAAGAAGUCACUACCUCAUGAAAAAAAGAUAUUAUCACAUUAUUGGACUCUGGGUUCUAGAAAUCCAGCAAAGUCUGUAAACAACCAGUACUGCAGAAAAGUGAUAGGUGGGAUGGUUUGGAACCCAUCUAUGAGAAGAUCCUUAUCAGUUGAGCACCUAGAGACCAAAAGCCUUCCUUCUCGAUCACCUCCUGUUACCCCCAAUUGGCGGAGUCCUAGACUACGUCACGAAAUCCGCAAACCACGACACUCGUCUGUAGAUAACCUUACGAAUGAGAUUAGUUAUAUUACUGAAACAGAGGAUGUUUUUUACACAUAUAAGGGCUCUCCAACGUCAAAGGACAGUGAUUCAGAGUUCUCUCAGAACCGUAGUCCACAGAGGGGGUCAUCUGAACAAGAAUCACCAAAGAACGUAUUGGGAAACAGUCCAACGCGGAGCUCUCUGACCCAUCUCUCACCUAAAGCCUUGGCUCGGUCUCCCAAUGGAGUUGGCGACAUUUCUGGCUCUUACCCAUUGGAAGGGGUGGAUAAGCAGUUCCUAGAAACAUAUGACAACGUUACAAAAAGCAGCUUGACAGAAGACUCCAGUCAGUACUACUGUGAUAAGAAUGACCUAAUUGAGGGAGAUUUACUUUUGGUGCGUAUCAUACCAGAUGAAGAAGGGAAAUUUGGAUUUAAUCUAAAGGGUGGAGUAGAUCAGAAAAUGCCACUGCUGGUAUCAAGAAUAACUCCAGGAUCACCUGCUGAUAAAUGCAUUCCAAAGCUGAAUGAAGGUGAUCAGAUAGUAUUAAUUAACGGCCGAGAUAUCUCAGAGCACACGCAUGACCAGGUGGUCAUGUUCAUAAAAGCCAGCAGAGAAUCUCACACAAGAGAGCUUGCACUUUUGGUCAGGAGGAAAGUAGUUAAACAGUUUGUGGAGCCCAUAUCAGAAGAUGAAGCUGAUUCCCACACUCUGCCAGACUCUAUUCUUCCUGUCUGUUCUGAAUUUGGUGGUGAUACACUGGAGGAGUCUAUGGAGCAGCUAAGAAGUGGGCUAGAAAGUGGGACUGUCCUUAUUCAGUUUGAGCAACUCUAUAGAAAGAAACCAGGAUUGGCUGUUACAUGUGCAAAGGUACCUCAGAAUAUGGACAAGAAUAGAUACAAAGAUGUUCUACCUUAUGAUGCCACAAGGAUAAUAUUGCAAGGAGAUGAAGAUUACAUUAAUGCAAAUUAUGUGAAUAUGGAAAUUCCUUCUGCUGGCAUUGUGAACCGGUACAUUGCUACUCAGGGGCCUCUUCCACACACAUGUGCACACUUCUGGCAAGUAGUCUGGGAUCACAAAUUAUCACUGAUCAUCAUGCUAACAACUCUCACCGAACGAGGACGGACCAAAUGUCAUCAGUACUGGCCUGAUCCACCAGAUGUAAUGGAAUAUGGCUGCUUCCGUGUCAGGUGCCACUCUGAAGACUGCACAAUUGCCUAUGUUGUCAGAGAAAUGGUCAUUACAAACACUGAGACAGAACAACAGCACACCAUCACCCAUCUCCAGUACGUAGCUUGGCCUGAUCAUGGUGUUCCUGAUGACUCCAUGGACUUCUUGGAGUUUGUGACCUGUAUGAGGCCAAAGAGAGUAAAGAAUGAGCCAGUUCUUGUUCACUGCAGUGCAGGAAUCGGUCGCACGGGUGUGUUGGUCACUAUGGAAACAGCCAUGUGCUUAAUUGAAAGGAACCUGCCUGUUUAUCCACUGGAUAUUGUACGGAAAAUGCGAGACCAGAGAGCUAUGAUGGUGCAAACAUCAAGUCAAUACAAAUUUGUUUGUGAAGCUAUUCUUCGUGUUUACAAAGAAGGAUUGGUUCGACCACUGGAUUCCAGUUAGCACAGCAGUGAAGGAUGAUUUUUAUUUUUUUUUUGGCCUAAAAAGCCUGCUCUUUAAGUAAGGCAAGGGCUUGUUUCUGUAAGCAACUAGAAUGGACUAGAAGCCCAUGUAAAGACAGAUGAGCACAUUUGAACUGUGGCACUUUAAAUUUCUCAAGAAGAUUGCUAAAUCAUGUACAGUAUAACAAAGUCACAUAGAUAAAUAUAUGACAGCAAUUGUGUGUAAUAUGCUUUAUUCACAUAGACAACCAUAAACAAUCAUGGAAACCUUAACACACAUCUUUUACUGCCUUAAAACGCCCUUUACUUUGGAAGUUACAAAGUUCCUUGUGUUUCCUUUGAAAUAGCAAAAGGAAAACUCCUAUUAUUGAAAUGAUUCAUCUUAAUAAGGUAUUUAAUAUAUUUGUACCAUAUGAAAGCUCAUUGAAGGUGAAUAUUUUUAAUUUUCUUAUUGGGAUACUAAAUAUCCAUGGAACUGUAACCUUGACUAAAAGGCUGACGAAGAGCUUUAAAGGCUAAUGCAUAACUACUGUACACUGAGCUGGAGAAAUUUAGUAUUCAGUUACCAUAAAUCUAUUAGUGAGUAUGCCAGCUGUUAUAAUAUGCUGCUUAGAAAUCACAUCUACUGUAUGUGAUGUGAAAAUAAUGCUGCAGUUAGGCAUUUAUGCAGAUGGUACAGUCUUCAUCUUCUGUUGAUCAAUUUUAGUUGCAACUUGGCCUUUUGACAGUGACCUACUUCUUACAGUUUUAAUUAUUGCACUCCUUUUCUUCUGUUUCUGCUGUCCAUCUCCUUUAUAGUUUUCACUGCUGUUUCUAUGUGUGUACUGAAAAUAUUUUAACUUAAAAUGAGGUUUAAUUCUCUGUCAUGUUUGUUUCCAUGUGUAUUUAUGAGUUCUCAGAUGUGAAUGUGGAAUAAUGUUGCACACAAGUACUAGACUUUUGACUUACUGUAUAUGCAAAGUAGUCGAAUCCAAUACUGGAAGAAAAAUUACUACUGAACCCAUCAAAUAUGUUGCUGCUAUUUCAAGGUGUGAAGCUUACAAGGGCACAGGUGUUGCUAGUGUUCAGAUGGUGAUAAAAUGUUGACUUGCUGCCCUCCAUCAAAGCGCUCUUAUCCAGCGAAACACGACUCCCUUUUGCAAGAGUUCUCCAGAUUUACUGUGUUUCUUGCUUAAUCAGAAAUGCAGUUAAAUUCACCUGAAGAUUUACAUGGAAAGAAAGAAUGAAUUUGUACAUUGAUGAAUAAUUCACCCUAAGGUACACUGGUCUAUAUUUCAUUUCAGAUGGGAGAAUUGGACUUUCUGAACAGUAUAACCACAUUUGUAUAAACUUAAAUUAUUUUGUGUGUGCUUUUUGAUUAACCUGAGAUAGUUAUUAAUUUUUUAAUAGUGUUUAAAAAAUAUUAUAAGGGACUGUUUAAAACUCUGCUAUUUAAAAAUUAGUCCUAAAUAGGGAAAAAUUUUUAUGGGGCAUAUUAGCCAGAUGUUUAUAUGUAUAAAGAAAAAAUUAGAUAAUUUUUUUUUCAGAGAGGUAUAUAUGCACACACAUAUUCAAAUGUAUUUUAGAAUUAUGGUUUGUAUUAUGGAUAUUAUCAUUUAUAGCUGGAGUUUCAUUAUAGAAACUAUCACAGCUGUACAAUAUGCAUCUCUCAUGUUACUGGAAGUCUAUUUUUUUUUCCCUCAAGAGGUAACUAGAAAGUGCAUGUAGGAUGAGCUGAAUUGCUGACUUGUCUUUUUCAGGCUUGAUCCUUUCUCCAAGAUUACAUUUUUAGCUAUAGCUGAAGAGGAUGUCUGGUUACUGGUUAUUGAUCAAAACUCUUUAAUUGAGAUGUGCAAUCUCAUCUCAAUUAAAACUCUUUAAUUGAGAUGAGAUUGCACAUCUCAAUUAAAGAGUUUUAAUUGAGAUGUGCAGAGUAGUUGGUAACAUGGAAACCUUCUUGGCUUUGUUUGGUUGAAUGGUGAAUAGGUUUGUGCUCAUCUUUACAUAGUGCAUUCCAAAUUUCACUUUGAAUGGAGUUUUCUGUAAUAUUUUGGAUCAUUGUCAUCUUGCUUGAUUGGGCAUAGAUUAAAAACUAAAAGACUGGUUCACUCUUAUCUUGCUAAAUUGUAUCAGGUAGCUUAAUCAGUCAGUGACUCCAAAUGUUAAGUGGUAGUGGACGUGCACAUAUUACUUGGGAAGCUUUGUUACGUGUGUGCCUGUCUGUUAAAACAUCUCUUUUAUUUUUUUAAGUAUUCCCCUGCCCAGGUCCCUUGCCCAGGUCCCCUGUCCAGAGUCAUCCCUUUCAGCUGGCUUUUAAAUGACUUGCAUUUAAUAGUUUGUCAAGAAGUGAAAAAAGGCAAGAAAAUAAAUUGUAAGAAAAUAUUUAGAGCGUCAUUGUGACAUCCGUGUCUUUCGUGGAAGUACUCAUGAUUUCUUUGUGUUCAAGGUUAUUCCUAUAUUCCAAUUGCUAUUUAUGUAUCUUCAUAUUUAAUAUGUGCCUACUAAAGCACUGUAAAUGUAUUUCUUGUCUAACUCCAGUCUCAAGAUACAUGGUAUAGGCUUGACUUGGGUUCGUAUGUGUGCAUUUAGAGGAUGACUGUCAUAUUGUGACAACAAAUGCUGCUCUUGUUUUGGUAAACUUGGAUGGGUUUGGUAAUACUAUUGGGGAGCUCUUGGAUUUUAAUAACUUGUUUGAAAUUGCUGGCCACAGAGAGAAUGCUCAAAGCUAUAUAAAUAGUAAGCUCUAUAAGUUUUUUGUUUGUUUUUUUUUUUUAAUACCUAGGAGGAAAUAUUAACUACACAAGUAUCUUGUAUAUUGUGUCCAUCUUUAUUUCAGUCUUGCUGGGUUUUGCACAUGUACCUGUUGGGUCCAUAUGGGAGAAUUGAAGGGGUUUUGUCUUAUCUCUGUUGUGUGAUGACUUUGCACUGAAUUAAGUAUGCCUUAGAUCUGAUCUUGCAAUGAAAGCAUAAUUAUGAAAACAUCUUACUGCCGGCUUUUGUUUUCACAAAAAUUAGGAAAUCACAAAGAUAAAGAUUUAAAUGGUUGGUUUGGGGGGAUUUUGGUGGGAGUUAAAACUUGUGAGCCCAAAGAUUUUAAUUGCCAAGCAGUUGGCAAGUGGUAGAAGAUGCUGUGAAGAAAAGAUUCUGUAUAACCUUCUUAAACAUUUUACCCUUGAUUUUUCCUGUGCUGGCAUGGUCAUGAAAAUAAGUAUUCAAAAUGUCUGGUGUGGUGGUGGUGGAUGAAGAGGGAACAAUAAACCCUUGAUGUUUUCAUCACUGUGAAAUACACUAACAUUUAUUUCUACAGAAUUAAACAAAUUUUAACUUAGUAGCUUUAUAUUUGAUGUGGAAGUAACUAAACUGCCUAUUCAGUGUGUCUUCAGAAAUCUCAAAGGGGAACACUUCUGAGAUAGAGGUGAAAAAGACAAGUCUUGCUAUUUGUUAAAAAUAAGAAAAACAGUGCCCUAAACCAUGAAUGCCUUUUGUGUAACCAGAUGUAUGAAAUACAAGUCAUUAAAAUACAACCAAACCUUGAAUAGUGGUGGUGUUUUACAAAAAAAGAAAAAAAAAUUGCAAUCUAGGGGUUUGCUUUUAAUAUCCUGUCUUUUAGGUGUUGAUACUAAAUUGUAUGCAGUCAAAAUGUACCCAAAAAUUCAGCAAUAAGUCUUCAUAUACACUCAGUUUUUUAAGUGUUGGUUUUCCUUUUUUGCCUCAUAUUUCCUCCUAUGCAGUACUUAAAGUGGUUAAAUAUAUAUCUAUUUUAAAAGAACUCUAGUUCUGGACUUUAUAAUGAACUGUGCAUUGGCUUUAUAGUAUGAUACUUUUUUACAAAAAAGCUAUUCCCUGUAGACAGUAUUCUUAUGUCAGGCUAAAUGCAUAAAUGUUAAAAAUAGAUGUACAUGGUUCAUACUCAGUCAAUUAUAAUUUAAACAUAGUUGUUUCACUGAUAAUGGCUUUAUUUUUCUAUCCUGAAAUGCAGCAUUUAAGUGUAAGUUUAUUUAGUUCUUUCAGCCUUUCCAGAAAACAUGUGCUGGGGAAUGUUUAUAUUUUGAUUCGUAACCCACAACCAGUCUACUUGGUUAAAAGCAUUUAUUAAUUGAAGCUAUAUAGAAGGUAAAGGUUUCAUUAAAUAUUUUGUUCAAAGGCCAAGUGAAUGAUUAAUUCAUUAUAUAAAACGAUGAUUUGAUUAUAUGGGUUUCUUGCAUUUAAGUUCUGACACUGAUAGUGCUCAGCCAUCUCAAUAGCUGUCUGUUUUAACUGUAGUUUACAUUAACAGUUUAAAUAUACAGCUGUAAUGCAAUAUGAUUUAGUUUUAGAGUACAUAACACUGUAUAAGCUUCAAACAGUAAUAUCUACAAUCUUGAAGCCUGUCAUUCUAAAGAAAAAGUAAGUUUCUGUGAAUCAAAAGAAGAAGUACUACAUAAUAUCAAUGGAUUUAACCAUUUUUCAGCUCAGACUACUGUGCUACAUUGCUACUCAAUGCUACUGUGACAGUAGCAUUCUUACCACUCAUAUAAAGAGCAAAUGUUCAAAUGCUGAGGAUCAGUAAUAUGGGAAAAAACAAAUUGUAUGGACUGUAAGAGACCGAAGGAAAUAUUGUUGUCCUUUUGUUUUUUUUUUUUUUUAAGACGAAUUCAUCUCAAGAGGGGACAUUUGCUUGCAGACUACUUGACUCAGAGUAGUCUUAGUUUGUGCUUUAUUUUGGGUUUAGAUGCAGGUUAACCUUUCAUUAAAGUUGUAUUUAAAAUAGUAAAGUGUUUAUUUUAAUAGACAUUAGUGAAACACUUCAGUUUGCUGUUAACUGUUUAACUUCUGCUUACUUGACUUACAUGAUUCUGUUUCUUGAAAUGUUAUUGUUUUGCCUUAUAAAAUCCCUUUGAGGUUUCCUCCAAGUGUGAAACUGGCUUUGUCUCAGGCAGGCAAAGUGAUGUUACUGUUGCUUUAGAAAGGAUAUUUUUCUUUCACCUGCUUAAGGGCCAGUGUGGUGUUCAGACCAGUCUCAAACUGAUCUCUUUUCUAAACAGUGCUGCUAGCAGUGGUCGAAAUAAAGCUAUAUGGAAAAGCAUGUAAGAAAUGUUUUCCUUGGAGCAGAUAAGACCUGGGUUUAACUUAAAUAUAAAAGAAAAAAAAUCAAACAUUGUGAACAUGAAAAUGCUUUUGACAGAUAAAGUAGGGGUGGAAAAGGUAUUAUUUUUUUUACUCUUUUCCCUUUAAAACACUUCUCUGUUUUAAACACAUCAUUUCUCUUAGAACAAUUUCUUUAGUAAAAAGCCAUACUGUUGGUCGUAGGAUUUAAAAUUAUUUUCUAGGUGGGUUUGACAAAAAUUAAGUGGAACAUUUUCCUCAUCUACUGGUUUGUGCUCUUAAGUAAUAUUAAAAAAAAACCCUUAAAAAUUUUCCUCUUAGAAAUGAUAUUGUCUGUUUUCAUUUGAUGUCUUUUCCUGAGACAUAAAUGGAACCUGCAUUUUGGCUGGGUUGCCCUGCUGUUGAGGUUGCUUGCAACCCUGUUGAGGUUGACCUGCAUGUUUAAGAGGAAGAUGCUUUGUUAGGGCUAUUAAACCCAUCGCCUACAUCAGUUACCAACUUAAGCCAGAGUAGCAUCAUAUUUCUAUCAGUCUAUUGCAGUAUAAACAUUUUGUAAAUAGUCCUUGGAGCUUGCUCUCCUAAGCAUCAGGAAGUAUUCUUGCACCAAGCUAGAAUUUAUGCUUUAAAUAAAAAUUUUUAAAAAAAUUUAAAAAAAAUAUAAAUCUUCCAGUAAGGAAUGACUAUUUACCAAAUUCUGUACAAAAUGUACCUUGUAAAAGUACAUUUUCCUUGUAAAAGGAAAAAAAAAAUUAGUUUUUCUUACAAGAUGCAAAGAUUAGCUGCUAGAAGUACCUUCUUAUCUGUGGGGGCAGCUUACCUAGUCAUAAAGCAAAUUGGCUCUCAGCUAGCGUGCAGUAUGGCCACUAAAGCACAGAAAGUGCAUCAUCAGCCCAAAUGCCUCAUUAUUUGUCAACUUUCUUGCACAUGGCUAGUUGCAGUCCUGAUUCAGGAAGUAAGGAAAAAAGGCUGCCUUCCUUUGGGAAAGAGACUGAAAUAUCCUGCAUGGUAAAUCCACAGCCUACAUUGAUCUUUGUGGGGUUGUACUUGUAUUACCUAACUUGAGCAGUCUAGUUCAAAGUGAGAUCAGGUCUAUCUGCAUGGGUUUGCAGGGAUAUCAAAGCACUCCAUUCCAAAAACCCAAAAAGCUCAGCCCAGCAGUGUUAAUUGCAGUGGGCUUCAUUUGCUUCAGUUAACCAGCAGGUGAGUGUGGCAGCACUUGGCUUGGUCCUGAUCAGGGCCCUUGUAAUUCAGAGCUUUGCAUACAUGAUUGAAAACUUGGGGUUCAGCAGGAACUGAAUUACUGUCUGUGGAAAUUAGGUGGGGAAUUGGUGUAUGCACUCAAAUGUAAAUCUAUUUCUAAUCCCAGUUUUGCAAAAUAAAUGAAGAGUAUCAGUGCUUACAUUCCAGUAACCUGCGCAGUGAGCACUAAACAUAAUUUAUUAAGGUUUUCUCUCUGCACUGUGUAACCUCAAUAGAGAAAUACAAGGUAUAUAAUGGGGACACUCCUAUAAAAGCUUUAAAAAUCUGCCAGCCAUUAAUUCUCACAAACAAUGUAAUGGUUAAAACUGACCUUGAUUACAACUGAUAUGGAAAUGUGUUUAUAGUAGUGGGAUAAAUUGCAUAACAGUUGGAAAAGUUGAAGUUGUUUGGGUUUUUUUUUGCAAGAUUUGAAGAAAAUUUCACUAUUCUAGUCACUAAGCUUGUAUUUUCAUAAAAGUUCAGUUAGCAUUUUUGUCAGAGAGUUUUGUCAGCAAAAUCUUGGAAGAGAAUAUCUAUUUAGGGACUCUACUGGAGGUUUUUAAUUUUUUUUUUCUUUUUCCUGUAGCACUCUAUAGUUUCUUCUAAGAUCUUAGGUGCCAGUGCAUUAAAGGAAUAAAAGAAUGUAUUUGAUGUAUUUGGAAGGUAAGGAAAGAGGUUAUUUUGAACCCUAAGCUGUACUUUUCUUUUAAAUCAUUUGAAAUGUAAAUUGAUGUUGAUAUUACAAAGUUUAAUUUAUUGUUUAAAAGUGUAGACACCUCUUGAAUGUAUAAUUUUUCUUUUUUAUUUUUAUAGGAAUAAAGGGUUGUUUAAUGUUUUCA